AUGCCUCUAAAGUAUACAAAAUAUACAAAAGAUCACACAGAAGCACAAAUGUACGGAUCAUCUUCCAGGUUCAAAAAUAUUUUCAGAAUCUUUACUCUACUAUUCAACUUAUUCAACUCAUUUCAACGUUCCAAGAACUCACAACAAAGUCCAAAAGAGCCAGACAUAGAGAGCAAUGCAAUACAUGAAGAGAUUAAUUAUGAGCAGAAGGAAGAGAAGAAGACUCCCCGUCAGAUCUCCUAUCAACGUGCCGUGUUGAUGGUCGCAUUAUAUGCCUACCUGAACUUUGUAGACUUUGUGGACCAGUUUAUAUUCAUGGCUGUUCUACCUAUUAUUAUAAAAGACUUUCAUGCCGUGGACAUCACAGCAGAAUUCAUAACUUUAGCGUUUCUCUGCACCAAAGUGAUCCUUUCACCAUCUUUAAGCUAUGCCACAUCUCGCUAUAAUCAGAAGAUGGUAAUGUGCAUUGGACUAUUCUUCUAUUCCUCGUUCUCCUUCGGAUGCACAUUUAUUCCCAAGCAGGGGUUCUGGCUGUUCCUGCUUGCACGACUGUUUGUGGCUUCAAUGGCGGAAUGCUGCUUCAGCGCAGCUCCUAUAGUGUUUGUCGAUAUUUUUUAUCCUGACCAGAGAACUCGGGUGCUAGGAUUUUACACUUGCAUUAAGACAGUUUGCUGUAUCCUUGCUUGCCUCUUUGGAAUACCAGUAAUCGACUUGGCAUCUUCACACUGGCGUUAUGCACUAUGGACAACCCCUGGACUUGGCCUAUUUGGUUUGGCGCUGGCAAUAAUAAUUAUGAAGAAUCCUCAACGAGGAGGCAUGGACGAAGAAGAGAAUGAAAAUGAAGAAGAUAAAUUACAAUGUUCCUGCUUUUCUGGCCUGAAAGAACUGCUUACCAAUUGUAGCUUUCUCACCUCCACAGCUGGCGCUCUAUGCUAUGCUUGUGUGUAUGGUGCAAAGAAUAGCUGGGUCUCCGGAUUAAUUGAACAAGCCCAGAAAGUGCUGCCUAUUCAGUCACAUUGUUUGACCACAGGCUGCAACUAUGAUAACCUGAUCUACGGAAUCAUCAGAUGUGCAGCUGAUCUAAUGGGACUUAUUAUCGGCAUGGAAUUGAGCAAGCGUUACAAGAAGGGGAAUCCUGCUGUGGAUGCAGUAUUGUGUGGGAUAGGGCUCAUCGUCUGUGCCCCCUUCUUCAUGCUCUUUAUAUUCUUCCCAGAGAUAAACAUGCCCAUUGCUCAUGUGAGUAUUAUCAGUCUGUUCUUUGUGCAGGUAGAUUUACAGGUGAUAAUUCACAUAGAUUUCUUCUGUUAUGAAUGUUCUGCUAUUUAUGAGAAAUUUGUUUAUUUUAAUUGUGAAUGUUUCUAUUUUACCAGGUUUUCAUUGCCAUCUCUGGAGUAUGUCAAGCUAUAUGCCAAGUCCCGAUGCUCAACAUGA